AUGUGCGUGGAAUCGUGUGACGUUUGUGUUGACGAAAGGAGCGUCAGUCGGCUUUGCUGUACUGAUCCUCGCUGUCCACCUCCUGAAUGUCUGUCUGGACAAUAUCUUGGAGGUUACUGUGAAAAGAAUUGUACUUUCUACAGACAAUUUGAUGUUUAUAAAGAAAACUGUGAAAUAUGCUUGUGUAUAAAAGGUGCUUGGGGUUGCUCACCAGAUCCUGAUUGUGUGUUGUCACAGUGUCACCCGGGAUCUCCAUUAAUUGGUGAUAACGGUUCUAGAGUAUCUUGUGUUCGCGGUGCAGUUGAGUGUCCAUAUGGUUACCAUUGUGUGAGCUAUGCUCCCCAUGAUAUAUGUUGCCCAAAUACAGAAUGUGUGGACGGUGAAUGGACUAUCUGGUUCGAUUUAGAUAACCCAGGAACGACCGGCGACUGGGAAACGACUCAAGAUAUAUUAAAACAUUUCGGAGAUCAAAUGUGUUCCAAUCCAUUGGCGAUACAAGUGCAGACCCUUGACGGUAUUCCUGCAGAAGAUACUGGUGAAAUAUUCUUGUAUUAUUCGCCAGAUGAAGGCUUUGUGUGUCGGAUGGACGAUCAACCAGAUAACAUUUGCUUUGACUAUCAAGUGAGAUUCUGUUGUCCAGCUGAUCCACCAUGUGAUGGUGAAUGGUCACAAUGGUUCGAUAAGGAUAGUCCAGAUGAAGGUGUUGGCGAUCUGGAAACGCUAGCAACACUAUGUGAAGAGACGUGCAAACGACCCAGCGCAAUCCAAGCCCAGACUAUUGAUGGAAUACCAGCUGAAUUAACGGGCGAUGUGCUCCUCAGCAAUGACAUCAUUAAUGGAUUGGCUUGUUUGAAUGAACAACAGGACGAUGAAAAAUGUGAAGAUUAUAAAAACAGCCAGAUUGUGACAAGUGGACAAAAUGGUUUAACACCGAUGAACCAUGUGAAGGUUCAGAUGCAGAUCGUGAAAUCACUGCCGUAA